CAGGAGUUCUCCAAACCCGCGCUGCGGAGUAAGUGACCCAGUUCAGGCCAGUUUGACCUCGAGGAUCCAGAGGUGGAGACGGUACUACCUCUCAGCUCUGGUUUCCAUCCCCUUCAGGUCCUUCUUCGGAAGGCGGGGAAGGAGGUCCACCCUGCGCGUGAUCCUUUAUGCCCGGCCCCUGCCCCUCCCUCCGGGUGGAGCUUCCUCCUCACCGCCAGACUUAAGCUGAGGACCGUUGGAUCUCUGGUAGGGUGCAGAACUGACAUCAGGCCACACUACCCUAUUCACGCUCUGUGCUUGUGCCAAGGUGAGCUUCUCUUGCUGCUGGCCUUUCUCCCGGAGGAGAUGGCCUCGAUACUUUACUACUGAAAUGUAAGCCCCCGGGGUUGAGCGGAGAGCGCAGAGCACUGGAGGGGACGAGACUUGGUUUCGGAUUUGAGCUCUUCUUUGUCUCUGCAUGAUCUUGCUAACUUCCCAGUUUCUCUGAACCUGUUUCCUCAGCAAUAAAAUGAGGUCCUACAUUAGAACUGUAGCAAGAAUUGAGAUAAAGCUUUGAAGGCGCACAGCGCAUACUAGGUGAUCUGCAAGUUUUAAUUGCCAUCUUUCUGUUUGCUCGUGCUUUUUCCAGCUGCUCCGGCUUUCUUAUGCAGGUGCAGGGAUGGUUCUGAGAAGUGGAGAGAAGUGGGGAUAAUUCUCUUACUUAGACACCUGCUUUGGGUCUGAGAAAGUCUGACGUGUUAUUCUGUUGCCCCAGAACUCUGUUAAAGUGAGACACAGAUCUGAACCUUCACUGGAUGAGGCUACUGUUAAUUAACUCUUCCCCUUCAGAUCGUUCAUACUUAGGGCUGCAGGCCUGUUACUUUUCCAAGAUCUCUUUCCUUAUCUUUAAUACAGGAGCAAUCUCAGUAUGUUUCUAUCUGGUCCACUGGGAUUUUUUGCCGAGUACAAUAAAGUGCUUUGAUAUUCUCCAAGAGGAUUCUUUCCAGGUUUUCCAAGAGGUAAAGGAAGAAGGUGACAGAGGCAGCGACUUCCUCAAAUGUCCUUCCAGCUGGCCAAACUCAGCCUCUCAAGAUCUCUCCCCCAUAAGCCGUGGAGCAAUGGCGGCUUCCUGUGUUCUCCUGCACACUGGGCAGAAGAUGCCUCUGAUUGGUCUGGGUACCUGGAAGAGUGAGCCUGGUCAGGUAAAAGCAGCUGUUAAGUAUGCCCUUAGUGUAGGCUACCGCCACAUUGAUUGUGCUGCUAUCUACGGCAAUGAGCCUGAGAUUGGGGAGGCCCUGAAGGAGGACGUGGGACCAGGCAAGGCGGUGCCUCGGGAGGAGCUGUUUGUGACAUCCAAGCUGUGGAACACCAAGCACCACCCCGAGGAUGUGGAGCCUGCCCUCCGGAAGACUCUGGCUGACCUCCAGCUGGAGUAUCUGGACCUGUACCUGAUGCACUGGCCUUAUGCCUUUGAGCGGGGAGACAACCCCUUCCCCAAGAAUGCUGAUGGGACUAUAUGCUACGACUCCACCCACUACAAGGAGACUUGGAAGGCUCUGGAGGCACUGGUGGCUAAGGGGCUGGUGCGGGCACUGGGCCUGUCCAACUUCAACAGUCGGCAGAUUGAUGACAUACUCAGUGUGGCCUCUGUGCGUCCAGCUGUCUUGCAGGUGGAAUGCCACCCAUACUUGGCUCAAAACGAGCUAAUUGCCCACUGCCAAGCACGUGGCCUGGAGGUAACUGCUUAUAGCCCUUUGGGCUCCUCUGAUCGUGCAUGGCGUGAUCCUGAUGAGCCUGUCCUGCUGGAGGAACCGGUAGUCCUGGCAUUGGCUGAAAAGUAUGGCCGAUCUCCAGCUCAGAUCUUGCUCAGGUGGCAGGUCCAGCGGAAAGUGAUCUGCAUCCCCAAAAGUAUCACUCCUUCUCGAAUCCUUCAGAACAUCAAGGUGUUUGACUUCACCUUUAGCCCAGAAGAGAUGAAGCAGCUAAAUGCCCUGAACAAAAAUUGGCGAUAUAUUGUGCCUAUGCUUACGGUGGAUGGGAAGAGAGUCCCAAGGGAUGCAGGGCAUCCUCUGUACCCCUUUAAUGACCCGUACUGAGACCACAGUUUCUUGGCCUCCCUUCCAGCUCUCCAGCUAAUGAGGUCCUGCCACAACGGAAAGAGGGAGUUAAUAAAGCCAUUGGAGCAUCCA